UCUUAGUUGACCACCAAAAAGAAGAGAAAAGCUCAAAUGCAAUGAAAGAAAACCAUGAAAUCCAAAAAAAGAAAAGAAAAGAAAAGAAAAAGGCAAAAGGUUGUAGACAGACAGUCACAGAUAGAGUAAGUGCGGAAAAAGAGGAGGAGAGAAUGGGAACAUCUUACGAGUUCGACCUUCCCGAGGAAGUCCUCCAAGUACUACCUUCAGAUCCCUUCGCUCAGUUAGACGUAGCCCGAAAGAUCACUUCCAUUGCCCUUUCGACACGUGUCUCUGCUCUCGAAUCAGAAGCGUCUGUUCUCCGUUCCCACCUCACCGACAAGGAUAACAUUAUAUCUGAUCUUCAAUCCCAAAUUGAAUCCCUUGACGCCUCCCUCUCUGAAACUGCAGACCGCCUAGCCGUUGCCAACCAAGAAAAGGAGAGCCUGGUGAAGGAGAACAAUUCAUUGUCCAAUACUGUUGCUAAGCUCCGUAGAGAUGUGGCAAAGUUGGAAGGCUUCAGAAAGACACUUAUGCAGUCACUUCAAGAAGACGAUGGAAGUACUGCAGGAGUACAAGGGAAUGUUACAAAGGAAGUAUCUGCCCCAAGAGUUAUGUCUGCUCAGUCAUUAAGUAAAGAUGAUGAUGUUACUCUACCGCCCUCAGUAUAUUCUUCAACAGAGACUGAAAGUUUAGAACGUGGCAAUUCAUUUCUGGAAGAUCGUGAAGCAGAUUCUUCAAGGCCCCGGAUAUCACCAGGUCUCUUGUUAGCAUCACAAACUAGCACUCCUCGACUCACUCCUCCUGGUUCGCCUCCUAUUGUAUCUGCAUCUGUGUCACCAUCCAGAACAUCUAAGCCUGCAUCACCAAGGCGACACUCCGUGUCCUUUUCAACGACCAGAGGCAUGCUUGAUUCUUUGCCUUCAAGCACCCACAGUUCUUUCUCAGCAUCUGACUCGGGAUCACAAAGUGGGAGAACGCGAGUUGACGGCAAAGAAUUCUUCCGCCAAGUCAGGAGUCGUCUCUCUUAUGAACAAUUUGGUGCAUUUUUAGCCAAUGUGAAGGAGCUGAAUUCACACAAGCAAACAAAAGAAGACACGCUUCGGAAAGCUGAUGAGAUUUUUGGUCCCGAUAAUCAAGAUCUCUACACAAUUUUCGAAGGGCUGCUGACUCGCAAUAUACACUAAAAGUGUUCUGCUCCGUCUUAUCAUUUUUUAAGGGUUGUCUAAAAGUGUGCAGCCAAAUCUUGGCAAUUGAAAAUUGAAAUCAUUUGCAUAAUCAUAUGUUUUCCCAAUUGUAUAUCUUCCUUUCCAAUUUCCUUUGUAUAAUGAAUGCAAUGGAUAUAAAGGUUGUUUGGUAA